GUUCAUGAAUCAUUUUUCUUGAUCGCUUCUCUCUCUGCCAUAUCUGUCUCCAGAGGGUUGGGGGAAAAUGGUUUCGCUCAAACUCCAGAAGCGGCUCGCGGCGAGCGUGCUCAAGUGCGGGAAGGGCAAAGUAUGGCUCGAUCCCAACGAAGUCAGCGAGAUCUCCAUGGCGAAUUCUCGCCAAAAUAUCAGGAAACUGGUCAAGGAUGGGUUUAUCAUCAGGAAGCCUACCAAGAUCCACUCGCGUUCCCGAGCACGCCGUAUGAAGGAGGCCAAAAGAAAGGGACGCCAUUCUGGAUACGGUAAGCGCAAGGGAACCCGGGAGGCAAGGCUGCCUACGAAGAUAUUAUGGAUGAGGAGAAUGCGGGUUCUGAGGCGUCUUCUGAGGAAAUACAGGGAGGCCAAGAAGAUUGACAAGCACAUGUACCACGACAUGUACAUGAAGGUGAAGGGUAACGUCUUCAAAAACAAGCGUGUCCUGAUGGAAAGUAUCCACAAGUCGAAGGCUGAGAAGGCGAGAGAGAAGACUUUGUCCGACCAGUUCGAGGCUAAGAGGGCCAAGAACAAGGCUAGCCGAGAGAGGAAGAUUGCCCGGAGGGAGGAACGUCUAGCCAAGGGUCCAGGGGGAGAUGUGCCACUGCCAACUAGUGCACCACCUGCCACCGCUGCCCAAACCACAGAGGUAUCAUCCAAAAAGUCCAAGAAGUGAGGAGAUGUAUCUAGAAGCCGAAGACCAGCUUAUGGCCUCUACCAGUUGACAGGUUUUGCCAUUUGGGAUGCUUUAUGAAAUAGCUUUGUGCGAACAAAACACUUUUACUGUGUAAAGAGGAAGCUUGUCAGCAAUCUCACUAUGAAAUCUCUCAAAGGACAUAUAAUCAAUGUCUUUUUCCUUA